AUGGAGAAAAAUAAACGAUAUAUAGACCGAACUAGGGUAUAUAGUGGUCCAAUAUCGCAAGUGUACAGUGCCAAAGACCAAGCUAGCGGGAAGUUGGUUGCUUUGAAGAUUGUAGAUGUUGAUUUUGUGGUGAAACCUCACAAUAUCAAACGAGAAAUUGAGUUUUUACAACACCAAAGAGAUACAGAAAAUAAGGGAAUUCUUAAAUAUUUAGAUUCCUACGCAUUUGGAGACGAUAAGAUUCUCGUUACGGAAUUUUAUCAGAUCAAUUUAAAUCAAUUGAUUGAAAAAAACGUCAAAUCUUCCAUUAAAUAUAAUUGGAAUGAUCCAAGUAAAAAUCAAACUAUAUUGAGAAAUAAGUUCCCCAUAGAUUCUAUUGGGAAAAUAUUUUAUAGUCUUUGUAAAACUUUAUCAUAUUUACAUGAUGAAUGUAAUAUCAUCCAUAGAGAUAUUAAACCUUCUAACAUUUACUUUAAGAAUGAAGAAAGUUUAGAUCAACCAAUUCUUGGAGAUUUUGGAAUAAUAUAUCAGCUUGAUUCACCUCCAAUGGAUGAACCUCUACAAGAUAAAUAUACUGAUGUAUGUACUGGGGUGUAUAAGCCUCCAGAAUUAUGUUUAGGGCUCACUGAUUAUGGUCCAAAAAUCGAUAUUUGGAGUCUUGGAAUAGUAAUCAGUAAACUUUAUUCAAAUGAUGGAUUGGAAUGUUUAUUUGAUGCAAAUAAUCGUGGAGAUUUGGCAUUAAUUGAUUCAAUAUUCCGCCAUUUUGGUACUCCAUCUACUACCGAUAAUUCAUCCAUUGAAUUAUAUUGGCCAGAAAUGAAGGGGAAAUCAAGCUUUGAAGCAUUUGAAUUCAUACCCAAUAAACGUAUGAGUGCAAAGGAAAUGUUACCUAGAUGUCCUGAAAAUAUAUUGGAAGUUUGGAAUAAUAUGAUGAUUUAUGAAUCAUCCAAUCGAUCUUCUGCAAAUGAUUUGAAGGUUAAAUUGGAGCCGUACUGUAUGUAA